AUGACAGAAGAACUGGAACGCAUUCUUUUACAGAUCACCGAGCCUGACGACGCCGUUAUACAACAGGGCACAGCGCAACUGAAACUGGCUCUCAAAGACCCAGCGGUGAUUCCAGCUCUGUGUACAGUCAUGACAAACAGCAAACACUCUCAGAUCCGCCAGACAGCUGCAGUUCUGCUGAGGAUGAGGGUGACAAAACACUGGACAAGGAUCAAUCACAAGCACAGAGAGAGUCUGAAGGCUGUGGUCUUGCAAGCUUUCAAGGAAGAGACAGAGCAGUCUGUGCACCACUCUAUCUCUCAGCUCAGUGCGAUGCUGGUCAAACACGAGUUUCCUGAACGCUGGCCCGCCCUCCUGGCGCUGCUCAACCAAUCCUCUAAAAGUACCAGCUCACAAGACAGACAGGUGUACCUGCAACUCUUCAGCCAAAUGGUGGAGUCAAACCCAGAGAUCUUCAAACCUCACUUCAGCCAGCUGUUUCUGCUGUUUGAUGCCGUCCUGCGGAACCUGAGUGACCCCAGUGCCCUGCGCUACAGCAUGGUCGCCCUCACCACCAUGUGCCACCAGGCGGGCACAGAGGAGAUGAAUGUGAUAUGCUCUUUUGUUCCAAGACUGAUUACUGGCAUGAAACAGCUCAUCAAGUCAGUUGAGGCCCAGGCCAGCGAAGCAAUGGAUGCCUUUGACAAGCUGAUGGAAAGUCACAUAUCCACCCUCACCCCUCACAUAGCGCAGGUCAUUCAGUUCUGUCUCGAGGUCAGUGCAGAUGCCUCUGUUAGCAUCCCCCUGCGCGUGAAGGCUCUCUCCUCCUUGUCCAUCCUCAUUAAGCUCAAGAGCAAGACAGUAUUAAAGCUCAAGCUGCUGGGGGCCAUCUUGCAGACUGUGUUCCCUGUGUUUUGCUCAGCGCCCCCUGCUGCAGAGGAGGACUCACGAGACCAGGAGAAAGACGGAGACCGCAAUGAUAGCAAAAGUCUCAGAAACAUUGCUGCUGAGGUUAUUGACACCAUGGCUCUCCACAUGCCCUCUGAGCUACUCUUACGGCAGCUGAUGCCCAUGACAGAGGCCUGCUUAGCCAGUGGCAAACCCAGCGAUCGCGAGGCUGGCCUGCUGUGCCUCGCUCUGCUGACUGAGGGCUGUGCUGACCACAUUCGGACCCACAUGUUGUCCUCCGUGCUCCGGUUGGCCUGUGAGAGUCUGGCAGACAGCAGUCAGAUGGUGCGCGCCACGGCUGUUUUUGCCCUGGGACAGUUUUCUGAGCACUUGCAGCCUGACAUCGGCAAGUAUAGCUCUGAGCUGAUUCCUCUUCUGCUGGGCUACCUUUCUGGCCUGGACCACAACAGGUUGGUGCAUAUCUCCAAGGUCUAUUAUGCACUGGAGAACGUCUUGGAGAACCUGGGGGAGGCAAUCCAGCCCUACCUCCCCACCCUGAUGGAGACCAUGUUUACUACCCUGAGUGACACCAGGAGCCUGAAGAUCAGAGCUCUGUCCCUCAGUGCCAUCGGUGCAAUCGCUAAUUCAGCGAAGGAGAUGCUGGUGCCGUACUUCCCCCAGGUGAUGAACUGGCUGGAGGGCUUUCUCACGGACAUGCGCGAGGAAACGAGGUCUCUGCAGACACAGGCUCUGGACACUCUGUCCGUGGUGGCUCGCUCUGUGGGGAAGAGUGUGUUCAGCCCCCUGGCGGCUGAGUGCGUGCGGCUGGGGCUCAACCUCACCGACUCUGUGGACGAGCCUGACCUGAGACGCUGCGCGUACAGCCUGUUUUCCGCCGUGUCGGUCGUGCGUCCUGACUGUCUGGUCCCUCACCUCCCUGCCAUCACCACCAUGAUGGCUCUGUCCCUCAGGUCCACAGAGGGAGUCACGGCUCACAUGGAAGAAGACCCGUUUACCUUGCUGGAUGAAGAAGACGACGAUGAGGGAGAAAUGGUCUUAGAUGAAGAAGAAGAAGAAGAAGAAGAAGGAGAGAGCAGGGCAGCAUCCAGGGAGAUUGCUGGGUUCAGCGUAGAGAACGUUUUCAUUGACGAGAAAGAGGACGCUUGCAAGGCUUUGGGAGAGCUCUCCCUUAACAUUGGCACUGCAUUCCUGCCCUUCCUGGAGUCCAGUUUCCAACAUGUCUACGAGCUGCACGAUUUCCCUCACAACAGCCUCCGCAAGUCUGUGUUUGCAGUUUUGGGUCAGUUCUGCCGAGCGCAACACAGCGUCUGGCUGAAGAACCCGACCGAAGUCAACCACCAGGCCCUGCAGAAGCUCCUGUCCGUGGUGCUGCCCACCUUCCUGGAGGCAGUGAGGCAGGAGCCGGAGCGGGAAGUGGUGAUGGCCGCGCUGGAGUCCCUGAACGCCGUCAUCAAGACCUGCCAGGGGGAGGCGCUGCACACGCCCACCCGGCUGGCCCAGGUCUUCCAGGCCAUCCGAGACGUCCUCAAGAGAAAGACUGCAUGUCAGGAUGCAGAAGGGGAGGAAAGCGAUGACAAUGAACAUCAGGCGCCGCAUGACGUCAUGCUGCAGGAGUUUGCUGGUGAAGGGAUUCCCCUGCUGGCAUCGGCCGUCCCUGCUGAGACCUUCUUCCUCUUUCUCAACGAGCUCCUGCCCCUCAUCAUGAGCAAGGCUAAGCCGUCCUCCACGGCGGCAGACCGCUGUUUCUCCGUGGGCAUGCUCGCCGAGACCCUGCAGUUGCUAGGGGGCGUGACGGGCGGCAGGGCGAUCGCCGGGCAGCUGUCCAAUCAGGUGCUGCCGGUGCUGGUGGGCGGAGUGGGCGACAGCGACGUGGACGUGCGCAGCAACAGCGUGUUCGGGCUGGGGGUCCUGGCCGAGACCGCCGGACCUUUCGUCACGCAAGACUAUCCCAUGAUCCUGUUCCUCUUCUCCUCCCUCAUGGCUAAAGAAUCUAACAGGAAGGUCAUCGACAACCUUUGUGCUGCCCUCUGCAGGAUGAUCAUGACCAGUGUGGACAGCGUGCCCCUAGACCAGGUUGUUCCUGCUGUCCUGACCUGCCUUCCUCUGAAAGAGGACCUUAGGGAGAACAAGACAGUGUUCAGCUGCUUGGCCUUCCUGUAUACAAAGAAUCCCUCACUGGUGGUGAGUAACAUGAAGACCAUUGUGUCUGCAUCCAGCCUUGUUUUAAGGAACAAAAAUAUUGAUGAGGAAACCCAGAGCAGUUUGCUCCUGUUCUUAAGAAACAUGGCUCAACAUCAUGCUCAGGAAUUUGAGGAUGCUAUGAUGUCACUGUCUAAUGCAGAAAGAGCCGCAUUCAACACUGCUGUCACUCAAUCAUAG